CCAAGAGUAGGCGGCAGCGGCGGCGGCGGAGCAGGAGGCGGUGGUGGAGGUGCGCGGCCUGAAGAGGAGGAUGGAGGAGCAGCAGAAGGAGGGCGAGGCCGAGGUCGCGGAGCAUUGGUUUUCCAAGUGGGAGCGCCAGUGCCUGGCUGAGGCCGAGCAGGAGGAGCAGCUGCCCCCCGAGCUGCAGGAGGAGGCGGCUGCAGAGUUGGCGGGGCUCAAGAGCGAGAAGCAGAAGCUGUGGCACCUCUUCCAGAUCUCGGCCACCGCCGUGGCUCAGCUUUACAAGGAUUCUGGGUGCCAACAGCAAGGACUUUCCAUGUGGGACCCCUUCCAGAAUGCGGCCAUGGCCGUGACCAGCCUCUACAAAGAGAGCGGGGAUGCCCACCAACGAAGUUUUCACUUGGGGGUCCAGGUUGGCCACCAGCGUCGCAUCAAAGAUGUGCUGGAGUGGGUGAAAAAGGGCCGGAGCACCAUUCGUCGCGAAGACUUGAUUAGCUUCCUGUGUGGCAAAGUGCCCCCCGCUCCUCCUCCACCUCGAACUCCUAGGACACCCCCGAAGCCACCCACUGGGGCCCCCAGCCAGGCUGUGGCAACUGAGUCCAGCUCAUCGGUGGAGGUCGACCUGCAGCCCUUCCAGGAGGCGACCGCCCUGCAUGGCCUCAGUGGCACUAUGGCCGGCAUCAGCAUGCGAUCAGGCGACUCGCCUCAAGACAGCGGUGUCGCCAGCAGUGGGCGCCGAAAAAGUGGCUUCUUGGAGGACGACUUGAAUCCCUUCGACUCAGAGGAACUGGCCCUCCAUCUGGACAGUGGGGGGAUCCGCAAGCGCACCUCGGCCCAAUGCGGUGAUGGCACCACAGACUCACCAAUCCAAAAGCGCAACCGAAUGGUCUAAGCUGCCUCAUUGGUUGCCUGCUGCCAUAUUGCUUGAGAGUGAACUCAACCUUCGACACGCUUGUCUAAAGGUUACUGGAGACCGUUUUUCUUCCCUUCUCUAAGUUAAACAAAGAUUUCUAACAAUUCUGCCAUGAAGAAACUUUAAAAGUAUUCCAGAAGAGGCUUCAUAUGACUCUGACUUUCCAAAAAAUAUAAUCCUAUCAGAGAACAAAUAUGUAGUAGUUAGCAGGAUCAUUUAAAGCAAACUUACCUGGUCAAGGCAGGAGUCUGAUUUAUCUUGUUCACAGUUAUAUUCCUCAGCACCUAGCACAUUUCCAGGUGCUCAAUAAAUGUUCAUUGAAUG